GGGCUGUCAGCCGCCCGCGUAGAAGGAAGCUGCGGGCCGCGUGCGGUUUGAGGGGCGGGACCUGGAGGCCUGCGGAGGGUCUGGCAGCAGAGGCAGGGCCAUGCGGGAGCGCCGGGGCGUGGGGCCGCCGGGGUCGGUGGUGGUGGUCGCCACCGUAGUGCUGCUGCUGAGCGGCGUGGGGCCGGCGCGCGGCUCCGAGGACAUCGUGGUGGGCUGCGGGGGCUUCGUCAAGUCGGACGUGGAGAUCAACUACUCGCUCAUCGAGAUAAAGUUGUACACCAAGCAUGGGACUUUGAAAUACCAGACAGACUGUGCCCCUAACAAUGGUUACUUUAUGAUCCCCUUGUAUGAUAAGGGAGAUUUCAUUCUGAAGAUUGAGCCUCCUUUAGGGUGGAGUUUUGAGCCAACCACCGUGGAGCUCUACGUGGAUGGUGUGAGCGACAUCUGCACGAAGGGCGGGGACGUUAACUUCGUGUUCACGGGCUUCUCCGUGAAUGGAAAGGUUCUCAGCAAAGGGCAGCCCCUGGGGCCCGCAGGAGUUCAGGUGUCUCUGCGAAACACAGGCACAGAAGCAAAGAUCCAGUCCACAGUCACACAGCCGGGCGGAAAGUUUGCAUUUUUCAAAGUUCUUCCUGGAGAUUACGAAAUCCUUGCAACUCAUCCAACCUGGCCAUUGAAAGAGGCGAGCACUACUGUACGGGUAACGACCUCCAACGCCAAUGCCGCGGGGCCCCUCAUAGUGGCUGGCUACAACGUGUCUGGCUCUGUCCGCAGUGACGGGGAACCCAUGAAAGGGGUGAAGUUUCUUCUGUUCUCUUCUUUAGUAACCAAAGAGGAUGUCCUGGGCUGCAACAUCUCCCCAGUGCCCGGGUUCCAACCCCAAGACGAGAGUCUGGUGUAUUUGUGCCACGCAGUCUCCAAAGAAGACGGCUCCUUCUCCUUCUAUUCGUUGCCGAGUGGGGGCUAUACUGUGAUUCCAUUCUAUAGAGGGGAGAGGAUUACCUUUGACGUUGCUCCUUCUAGACUUGACUUUACAGUGGAACAUGACAGCCUGAAAAUUGAGCCUGUGUUCCACGUCAUGGGAUUCUCUGUCACUGGGAGGGUCUUGAACGGACCUGAAGGAGAGGGUGUCCCGGACGCGGUGGUCACCCUGAACAACCAGAUCAAAGUCAAAACAAAAGCCGAUGGCUCGUUCCGUCUGGAGAACAUAACAACCGGGACGUACACCAUCCACGCCCAGAAGGAGCAUCUCUACUUUGAAACCGUCUCAAUCAAAAUCGCACCCAACACGCCUCAGCUGGCUGACAUCAUUGCCACAGGGUUCAGUGUCUGUGGCCAGAUAUCAAUCAUUCGCUUCCCCGACACUGUCAAGCAGAUGAGUAAAUACAAAGUUGUCCUGUCCUCUCAAGACAAGGACAAGUCUUUGGUCACCGUGGAGAUGGAUGCCCAGGGAUCAUUCUGUUUUAAAGCAAAACCAGGGACCUACAAAGUCCAGGUGAUGGUUCCUGAGGUGGAGACCAGAGCGGGGCUGAUGUUGAAGCCGCAGAUGCUGCUUCUGGCUGUGACUGACAGGCCUGUGAUGGACGUGGCCUUCGUGCAGUUUUUGGCAUCGGUUUCAGGGAAAGUCUCUUGUUUGGACACUUGCGGUGACCUGCUGGUGACCCUGCAGUCCCUGAGCCGCCAGGGCGAGAAGCGGAGCCUCCAGCUCUCCGGCAAGGUCAACUCGAUGACUUUCACGUUUGACAAUGUGCUGCCCGGAAAAUACAAAAUCAGCAUCCUGCAUGAAGAUUGGUGCUGGAAGAACAAGAGUCUAGAGGUGGAGGUUCUGGAGGACGACGUGUCAGCGAUUGAGUUCAGGCAGACGGGCUAUAUGCUGAGAUGCUCCCUUUCUCACGCCAUCACUCUGGAAUUUUAUCAGGAUGGAAAUGGACCUGAGAACGUGGGGAUUUAUAACCUCUCCAAAGGCGUCAACCGAUUCUGCCUGUCCAAGCCCGGCGUGUACAAGGUGACCCCUCGCUCCUGCCACCGGUUCGAGCAAGCGUUCUACACCUAUGACACGUCUUCACCCAGUAUCUUGACGUUGACAGCCAUUCGCCACCACGUUCUUGGAACUAUCACCACUGACAAAAUGAUGGAUGUCACCGUGACUAUCAAAUCUUCCAUCGACAGUGAACCCGCCCUGGUCCUCGGCCCUCUGAGGUCCACGCAGGAGCUGCGGAGGGAGCAGCAGCUGGCCGAGAUCGAGAGCCGCAGGCAGGAGAGGGAGAAGACCGGUGGAGAGGAGGGGGUUGAGGGAAGGACCAAGCCCCCUGUGCAGGAGAUGGUGGAUGAGUUACAGGGCCCCUUCUCCUACGACUUCUCCUACUGGGCACGGUCUGGAGAGAAAAUCACGGUCACACCCUCGUCUAAAGAGCUGCUCUUUUAUCCUCCUUCCAUGGAAGCCACCGUCAGUGGAGAAAGCUGCCCAGGGAAGUUGAUUGAGAUCCAAGGGAAAGCAGGCUUAUUUCUGGAAGGCCAGAUCCACCCAGAGUUGGAAGGAGUGGAGAUUGUCAUCAGUGAAAAGGGGGCGAGUUCACCCCUGAUCACAGUCUUUACUGACGACAGAGGGGCCUAUAGUGUUGGGCCACUGCACAGUGACCUGGAGUAUACCGUGUCCUCGCAGAAGGAGGGCUACGUUUUGACUGCGGUGGAAGGAACCAUAGGAGACUUUAAGGCUUAUGCCUUGGCAGGCGUGAGCUUUGAGAUAAAAGCUGAAGACGACCAGCCCCUCCCUGGGGUCCUCUUAUCCCUCAGCGGUGGUGUGUUUCGUUCCAACCUCUUGACUCAGGAUAACGGCAUUCUGACCUUCUCAAACCUGAGCCCCGGCCAGUAUUACUUCAAGCCCAUGAUGAAAGAAUUCCGGUUUGAGCCAUCCUCGCAGAUGAUUGAGGUGCAGGAGGGGCAGAACUUGAAGAUCACCAUCACCGGCUACCGCACGGCCUACAGUUGCUAUGGUACAGUUUCUUCCUUAAACGGAGAACCAGAACAGGGCGUUGCUGUGGAAGCAGUGGGCCAGAACGACUGCAGUAUUUAUGGAGAAGACACCGUGACGGACGAAGAAGGGAAGUUCAGGUUACGUGGAUUGCUGCCGGGAUGUGUAUACCACGUUCAGCUCAAGGCAGAAGGCAACGACCACAUUGAACGGGCCCUGCCUCACCACCGGGUCAUCGCGGUUGGGAAUAACGACAUCGAUGAUGUGAACAUCAUAGUUUUCCGGCAGAUAAAUCAGUUUGACUUGAGUGGAAAUGUGAUCACUUCAUCCGAGUAUCUUCCUACAUUAUGGAUGGUAGCGGGAACAGGCAGCGAACCUGGGCUGGAGAGAAAGAAAGGCCACCAACAAAGCACUGAACUGCUUCUGGAAGCAGCCAGAGAACCAAACGCAAAAUGGGAAUGCGUUUCAAGUUUAAGGAAUACCUGUGGGGUUGAUGUUACAGCAUGUGGGAGGCCACGCCAGGUAAAGCUUUACAAAAGUGACAACCUGGACAACCCGAUCCAGACGGUCUCCCUGGGCCAGUCCCUCUUCUUCCACUUCCCGCCCCUGCUCAGAGACGGCCAGAGCAAGCUAUCGUGGCUGGCGCGGUGGCAGCAAACUUUGCAGAGAACUUGGUCCCUUUCCGGGGGACUUAGCCUGAGGAACUACGUGGUGCUUCUGGACUCCACGCUGCCCAGGUCCCAGUAUGACUACGUCCUGCCGCAAGUGUCCUUCACGGCAGUGGGCUAUCAUAAACACAUCACCUUGAUCUUUAAUCCCACGAGGAAGCUGCCCGAGCAGGACAUCGCGCAGGGAUCCUACAUUGCCCUGCCGCUGACACUGCUCAUCCUGCUGGCUGGCUACAACCAUGACAAGCUCAUUCCCUUGCUGUUGCAGCUGACAAGUCGCCUGCAGGGAGUCCGAGCUCUCGGCCAGGCAGCCUCUGACAGUAGCGGCCCGGAAGACGCGAAGAGACAAGCCAAGAAACAGAAGACGAGGCGGACGUGAGGGGAAGAGGCCAGGAAGUCUCCCUCGGGACAGGCCCCUGGCGUGGAGGACACGCUGCCUGUCCCCACCCGCCCCUCGCCUGGCCCCGGUGCCAUACCGUGAAUGGACCCUCCUGUCACUCUGCUGAGCACAAUUGAUUUUCUGAGUUGAAGAUAAUUUAUUAUUAUUAUUUUUGUCAAAGAAGUAUUUAAGCUGUGCCGGUGGUGUGCGAAUGUAAUCCUUAGUCUUCUGCUUCAUUUGCAAGAAGAGUUCUAGUAAGUGGGGGCUCUGGCCCCCUAAUCAAGCACCUGUUGGAUUGACCUUCCCCUUAACUUCCCUGUGCAUUUGAGGUCCCUGCUAGAAACCACACAGCCCGUGUCUACUACUGGGAGGGUGUGUUAGGAGGUAAAACUCAAUAAAGUUGCCCGUUUGUUUCUGUUGUAGGUCAUCUCAGGUGUAGUCCUUGGAUGACAUGGGCCUAAUGCUGGGGUCACCGACUAAGCCGCCUGGAGGGGCACGUGGGUCCUGAGUGAAGGCGAGAUGACACACGGCAGCCGGCUUUUGGCCUCAGUGGUAGGAAGACGGGGGAGGAGGGGUUGUGGCACAGCGAAGAGCCCCACCCCCACCUGAUCUAAAGGAGCCUGAGGUUCUCGGGGGCUCUGGCUCCCCGGUGCCCUGCGGGAACUUGCGUUCAUUUUUCUAGAGAAGCCAGGAAGAUAGAGUUUUAUGUGAACUCUUACACAUUUUAAAUGUUAGAGACAAACAAAAUGCAUACGUAGGAUGUGUGAAGCUUGAAGGCUGCGGGUUUGCAUAAGGGAGCCACAGGAAUGCUCACCAUUUGAACAGCAUUAGUUUAAUUCUUAUAGGAAGUAAUUAAGUUAAUAAGUUGUAUUGGAAGCGGGGACAUCCAUCCAUCCAAUGUUUAUCGAGUCCCACGUGUGACAGGCACCGGGGUAUGCGAUGAGCAGAGUAGACGACGGUAUAAACGGAGCUGGGCGAGGACAGGGCCCCUCUGCUUUGUUCCUCAUCGUGUCCCCGGCGCUUGGUGUGGAGUGGGCAUUCUAGAAGGAACGAAUGAGUGAAUGCAUGCGUGCUUGCAGGAAUGAACAAGCACACGGGCACGGGGCCCCACCCCCCGAGCGCACGACCCAGCCAUCGUUGGGUGGAAGACAAGCCAGCAGGUGGACGAGGGCCGUGCGGAGAGCUGAAGGCCUCCUGGUGGAGGAGGCUCACGUGGCCGAGGGGUCACAGAGCAGAGGUCCGAUCCCACCUGAGAGCUUAGGGAAGCUUCCCAGGCAUGAUGUUUAGGCCAAGUCUGGAAGGACCCAGAACGGAAAGAGGAAAAAUAAGGCAGAAGGUCUUGUUGGGUGCCACGACCAGUGCAGACAGUCAGGUGGAGGGUUCCCGGCCCCUUGGUGGCCACCCGAAGAGCUGCUGUGUUUCCACCCAGCGGCUGUUGAGCUGUUAGCCAUUUCAUGGGUGUUACUUUUUCACCAUGAAAGGAAAUAAACUCUUAGAGAUCUGGGACAGUUGAGAUACAUAAUCCAUUUCUUGGAGUGUGUUCUAACUCUUAUUCCAAGUGGACACCCAGAAACAUCCCUUUUAAAUGUUAAUGGGGCUUUUUAUUGACACAGUGUAAAGGUUAAGAGCUCGUGAAAGAUACGACUAAAUGUCAAUAUGUUCCAUCCAGUUCCAGGCGCUGCCAUUAAGUGGCAGUCUUCCCCCGUCACUGCUACAUGUCACCCUUGGUGGUGGUGGGUCUUCUAAAGGACUCCAUUCCUGGAAAAGGCUGCUGUCUUUCUCGGUCCAUUUGGAAGUUGGGCCUACUCUGUUGCCUGUAGUUGUCUUCAUUUGCUGGCAAUCUCAGGACAGCUCCCCUGAUCCCCCUGUGAGGUGUAAGUACGGAUAGUUAGAGGCUUUUGAACGGGGCAAAAGUUACAUGAGACAGAUUUUUUUUUUUUUCCCUGAGAAAUUAAAAAUGUCUGAAAUGGUGGGUCCCUGAAGACCUCCAUUGCUUGCACAUUUUUCUGCUUAUUAAAGUAGCCCCAGCCUCAGUGAGGACACCCCAAAGACCAACAGGGAAGUGCCCUUCUAAGGUGCUGGCUUCACCUCGGUCUUUCCUGGUUUACUUGUUUGGAAUGUUGUCAACCAGCCAGCAAGGAUGGUUGGAGUUGGGGGGUGGGUGUGAGGAAUGUGUAGUGGGGAGGGGCUGGUGGCUGCAAGAGAGGUGGAGGGAAGAGGCGGUCCAGUCCUUGUGCCCAACUCUCAGUGGUCCGUGAGGAAAGAAGAUUCGUGAAAGUAGGGAAAAGUGAAUGAUUACCUCCCUGAGUUAAGAGCACUCGCGGAGAGACUAGCCUUUCUCAAGUGGUGACCAUGUGCCCGGUGCCAUGCUGAGUCGUUUCAUGCAUGAACUGCUUUGUCCACAUGACCGUAUGACACAGGUAUGUUUUCAACCCUACUUUACAGAGGAGGAAACUGAGACUUAAAGAUCUUGCAGCUACCAAGUAGCAGAGGUGGGCUUUGAACCCAGGUGCAAGAGUUCUUGACCACUGUGCUCUGCUAGCUCCUGCUGUACAAAAUGAGUCGGUGCAUUUGUGUGCCAGGUUGUCUGGGAAUAGUUCAGGGGUUUAGAAAGUGAAUGUCAUCUGCCAGAGAUGUGGGCAUAAGCUGUGAUAAAUUUAGUCAAGGCACAGUGACAUGCAGCCGUGUGUGCAAUGGCGCAUCGGGCCAUAGGACCUUUUAAUUGUUCCGUCAGCAUUGUUUCUAGAACCAGACUUAUGUGACUAAAUGCUUAAACCCAAUUCCCUAAACACAAAUCCAAAUCCAGUGGGUGAGAUUCCCCUUUCCUCAAAAGCUGGAGCAACCUGACGAGGAGAGUUGGGAGAGAUUUGGGGGACAAAGUUUGCAUAGUUGCGUUCCGUUCUGUCUAGGCUGAGUGUUCACUGGGAGUGAGGACUGUGUCUCAAUCAUCCGCAUUUCCAGUCCCUCACACAUGGCGGGUGCCUGAGGUAGGGAGCCAGCCUCAAGACCAUCCCCCCGAUGAUCCCCACUGCCUUUGUGUGUGGUCCCCUUGCACCCUGAGUCAGGGCUGGCACUCAGACGUGAGUGACGAUGUGUGCCUUCUCAGGCGGGGUCAUAAAGGGCAUUGCACAAACAUGGAAACAACCUAAAUGUCCAUCAACAGAUGAUAGAGAAGAUGUGGUGUAUAUCUACAGUGGAAUACUACUCAGCCAUAAAAAAGAACAAAAUAAUGCCAUUUGUAGCAACAUGGCUGCAACUAGAGAUUAUCAUACUAAGUGAAGUAAGUCAGAAAGAGAAAGACAAAUACCGUAUGAUAUCACUUAUAUGUGGAAUCUAAAAUAUGAUACAAAUGAACCUAUCUAUGAAACAGAAACAGAAUCACAGACAUAGA